GUUUGUAUCUCUUGACAGAGCACAGUGUCUAGUGGAGAAUUCAUCUCAAGUGUGCAAGUACUACUUCUAUACCAUCUAUUACAUCUCAUUGUGGGACUGGCUUGGCAUUCCGCAGCUGACAUAAUGCCGGAAAGGGAAACUGUACCAGUUAUCAGUCGUUUGGAGGAGUUCGAACAGAAUUUACCUGGAUAUCUGGGUAAUCACUCAAAGCUGGCAGUUUUGCUGGACUACGAUGGCACCUUGGCGCCAAUCGCGGACAAUCCCAGCAACACAAUAAUGCCUGUGGAAGUGGGAGCCAUAUUGCGCAAGUUGGCCAAGCAUCCUCAAAUAUUUAUGUGUGUGAUUUCUGGCCGCGCACUGAAAAAUGUGCAGGCCCACGUAAGCAUCGAUGGUAUUACUUAUUCGGGCAAUCAUGGACUCGAAAUUGAGUAUCCAGAUGGUUCCCGUCACGAUUACGAUUUGCCUGCCGAUAUAAAAAAGAACUACACAGCCAUGGUUGAAGAGCUGAAGCAACGAGUGGAGAAGAAUGGCGCCUGGGUGGAGGAUAAGCGUGUCUCACUCACGUAUCACUAUCGGGACACGCCCGUUGGGCUCAAGGAUGAGCAAAAGAAACUAGCCACAGAGAUCUCACAAAAUUAUGGAUUCCGCGUCAGUCAGGCACAUGAGGCCAUUGAAGUGAAGCCCCCAGUCAAUUGGAAUAAAGGCGAAGCAGCUCUCCAUAUCCUGAAAAGCAAAUUCGGCGCUGAUUGGUCAAAGGAGGUUCGCGUUGUAUUUGCGGGCGAUGAUACCACAGAUGAAGAUGCCAUGAAGGUGCUCAAGGGCUUUGGUCGCUCCUUCCGCAUCGCAGCUGAUGCUCAGGUUGAAACCUUCGCUGACUUCCGAUUGCCCAAACAAGAUCUGAUGAUGGAUCUAUUCAAGUGGAUUUCAUCUGUUUAUGUCUCUUAGAAUUUUUAGAUAGUUAAUUAUUGUU